AGAGAUGUCGGCCAACCCGCAGCACGUGGUGGACACCGAGGACGCGGCGGAGCUCAACCUGGGCGACGACUUCCGCAACGAGACGUGUCUGUCCAACGCCGAGGUGGCCGUCAUCCUGGAGAAGCAGAAGUCCGACUACGAGACGCAGGAGAAGCAGCUCACCAAUGUGUUCCAGAAGACGUACUCGUACGUGCAGCGCUUCAGCGGCACCAAGGACCCCGUGGCCAACCAAGCUUCGGUGACGGAGCUCCGCGAGGCGCUGAUGUCGCUGGCGUUCCAGCGUGAGGAGGACGGAGAGACGGUCGAGUACCGUCUGGAGGAGUUCGAGAUCGCGUGUUUGUCCAACCUGAACCCGGAGGAGGUGGAGGAAGCCGUGGCACUGAUCCCCAGUCUGCACAAGCGCUUCGCUGAGGAUGAGAUCGAGGAGAUUCUGGGCAUUGUGUCGCGUACGGCGGCGCGCAUGUUCGGCUAA